UGUACUUCCUUGUUGGCUGCUUCAACGUAUAGACGAACGUUUACUUUGAAUUUUCUCUUUGUCCACAGUUCAAAUGCCUUGAGAAUUACUGUUAUAUUAUGACUUAUAGUUCAUAUAAGCUUUUUUUCUGGUGUAGUGAGACUUAAAAUUGAUACUAUUAAUGUCUCGCGUCUUUAAUAAGGGAACCAGAAAGAGUACGUUUAUACGCAUCGUAUCUAAUAGAUUUCAAGGAAGUUAGAAGUUCAUUGGUUUCAAGGAACAUAAAAAAAAAAAAGAACAACAAGGAAACAAGCAAUUAACAGCAACACAAAUUAAGUGAUUCAAAUGAAUAUGGUUCGGUUGUAAUAACUCGUUUGAAAUAAAUAAUUGAAAAGCUGUUGCUAGAUUAAAUAAAGAUUGAAAGUAUUAAGACACCCUUCAUCCUAAAAUUCUGAAUAUGGACAUAGUUAAUUGCAAGGACAGUGCAAACCAAGAGCUAAUGCAUGCUGCUUUUGGAGGUGAUCUCGACGCCUUAAAGCUUCAAUUAUCAACGGUUGAAGAUCUAGAUACACAAUGGGAACAAGGCUUCACAGCGUUGAUGUUCGCUGUUCAAAACGACCACUACGACUCAGUGGAGCUCCUUGCUGCUAACCACGCCUCACUAGACAUUACAGAUGAAAACGGCAGGACCGCUCUUUAUCUUGCGGCUGAAGCAGGUCACCUAAACAGCCUGAAGAUUCUUCUCAACUAUGGAGCUUCUGUAUACAUUGCCAACAAAGACGGGAUAUCUCCGUUGAGCAUUUCGGCUCUUAAAGGUCAUCAACUUUGCGUUCGAGAACUAGUCAACGCUGGUUCCUACAUUGAAAGAAAAAGUUUUAAGGGCAUUACAGCUUUGAUGAAUGCCGCCGCGAAUGGGUUUCUUGAGUGCGUUGAGGAACUUAUCAAAGGUGGCGCCGAUGUCGACGCAACAGAUCUUUUUGGAGGAACAGCAGCAUCCAGAGCAGCGAAUUUAGGUCACUUGGAAUGUUUUCAUGCCCUUGUACAAGCUGGGGCAGAUGUUCUGUGGAGAGACGAUUCUGAGGAUUCGCUCUUUCAUAAAGCUAAAUUAAAACAAAAGGAAUAUGAUACUUCAAUUGAAAAAAAAUGUUUGAAUAUUUGUGCACCUCAAGAUGAUAUAAUUGAAUUAGAAACCACCAGUUGUUUAACAAGUGGAGAAGUAAUUGAAUUAGACCCAAUCUCUCAAAUAUUUAAAGCAAUAAAAAAUAAUGAGAUCGAUAGAGUCAAAUAUCUAAUAGACAACGGUUGUGAUGUGAAUUGGACUUCAAAGACAGGACAAACACCAUUAAUGUUAGCUUGCUGUCUUAAUUUUAUGGAUAUUGUAAGAUUUUUAAUUCAAGCUAAUGCAGAGAUUAAUGUCUCUGAUAGUAAUGGAUUAACUGCUCUCUCGUUUUGUGUCCAGUCGGGACAUUGGGAAUGUGCAGAGAUCCUGGUAAGUAACGGAGCCAAAGUCAAUGUAAUAAGCAUUUCCGGAGCAACACCCUUGCUGAAAGCGACACAAAAUGAUCAAUUCAGUUGCAUCGAUGCAUUAAUGAAAGGAUGCGAUACCCUCACUAUAGAAGGAGAUUUAAUGCCAUUACUUGUUCCAAUACGAAAUGGUCAAUUCCAAAACUUCUUAACUUUGGUCAAUUGGAUUUCACACCAUAGACAUUCUAAUUGUGUGAAAUUAGAUGAAAAAUGGGACAAUAUCAUGAAUGUAACUGAUUCUGCAGGCAUGACGCCACUAAUGUACGCAGCAUUACACAAUAAUUUAGAAUGUGUUGGAGAGUUACUAAGCACUAGAGCUAAGAUAGAUCUGAUGGAUAAUUUUGGCAGAACGGCUCUAAUGAUUGCUGUAGGCAACAACAAUAGUAAGAAUGUUCAAUUACUUUUAGAGUAUGGCGCAAACUGUAAUCUUUUAGACUGCAAAGGAAGAACAGCAUUAUUUUAUGCUGUUAAAUUAGCCUCAACAGAGACAGAAGCCACAUUUGGAGAUAAUAAACCUUUACAACGCUCACAAUGUAUUCAAUAUCUUAUUGGACACAAGGUCAUGAUUAACACAAUGGAUUCCAAAGGAAACACACCUUUGCAUGUGGCCGCAAAGACCGGCUGUGAUGAGGGUGUUACUAUUCUCCUGGACAAGAAGGCUGCAAAGUACAUAACAAAUAAAGAAGGCAGAACGCCUCUGAUGCUAGCAGCCACAAACAACAGAGUGAAAUGCCUGCAGGUUUUGACGGAGGCUAAAGUGGAUACUAAUCAAACGGAUUGUUUGGGGAUGACAGCUUUAAUCCUAGCAACACAGUCUAACAACAUCAACAUUGUCAAAGUCCUGUUAUUAGCUCGGGCUGAUGUUGACAUAAAAGACUUGAAUGGUGACACAGCGCUGAUACAUGCUGCUAGACAUGGUCAUUCACAAUGCUUAGAAUUACUUUUACAGAAUGGAGCUUUAACUGAUAUAACUAAUUCUAAAGGGGAAACUGCGUUAAUUGUAGCUAUAUCUUUUAAUCACAUCGCUUGCUUACAAACAUUGGUUGAAUAUGGCGUUAGUUGGAAUAAUAAACCUGUAGAAACAAUACUCAGCAUUAAUCCAAACGGAUUGAGACACAACAAACAAACAUUACCCACUCAGUCAGAGGCUGGACAUCAAUUCUGUUAUAAAAACAAAGAGUUAAUUCAUGCAGCCAAACGUGGUGACGUGUCUCUUUUGCAGUCACUUCUUGAGAAUGGAGCCUCAGUAAAUGCUGUGGACGAAAGUGGAGUCUCCUCCAUCAUGCUUGCAGCUCUGUACAACAAAUCACAAUGCGUCCAAAUUUUAAUUAUUGCUGGUGCAAACAUUGACAAGCGAAGCAAGAAAGGUAUAACGGCUCUAAUGAAUGCUUCCAACAGAGGUCACAAGCAAUGUGUUGAAAUGCUGCUUGCAGCCGGGGCCAAUGUUGACCUUGUUGACAAUACAAACAUGACUGCCUUAUCAAGAGCUGCCUCGAGAGGUCAUUUAGGUUGUUUGAAAGCUUUAUUAGCGUGUGGCGCUGACGUUAACACCUGCAACAAAAGUGGGCAAACUCCAUUAAUACUGUCAACGGAUAAUUGUAAAAUUGACUGCAUGUUGGAACUUAUUGAGUCAGGAUGUGAUGUCAACAGAAGAGAUUAUCAGGGAAGAUCUGCCCUAGCGAUUGCUAUCGAGAAUCGCAAUAACGAAGUAGCAGAAAUUCUCAUAAAACAAAGUUUUGAUAUAAAAACUGUGUCCAAUGAUAAAACAGCUUUGAUGAUAGCUGCAUGCUGCGGAAAUGUCACUAUUCUUGAGGAUUUGGUUUCCAAUUAUUGCUGUAUAGAUUUGGUGGAUAGCAAUGGUGACACUGCACUAAUACACUCUGCACGCUCAAGAAACAUCGAUUGCCUUAUCAAACUUAUAGAGCUUGGAGCAAACGUUGACAAACAAAAUAAUUACGGUGACACAGCUACUGUUAUAGCGACAAGAAACAACGACAUCCAAAGUCUUAAGAUUCUUUUAAAAGCAAGGGCCAAACGUAAUGCUGUGGCUAACAAUGAUGACUCAGCUCUAGGUGUCGCUGCUUCACAAGGCUUUAAAGAAUGUUUAGAACUUUUAAUCCAUGAAAAUGACUGCAUUGAUCUUGGUAACAAUCUUGGACAGACCCCAUUGAUGUUAUCUGUUGUAAAUAAACGGCUAGAAUGUAUAGAGAUGUUAAUUGAAGCUGGGGCCGAUGUCAAUGCAAAGUGUAAACAAGGUAACACUUGUCUUAUGUAUGCAACAUUACCUGGAAAUAUACAGAGUGUGAAACUUUUGCUUAAGAACGGCUCAGAUGUCAAUUUACAAAAUAAUGACGGUAACACUGCAUUGAUCAUGGCAGCGUCUGGAGGUUACGUCGACUGCUUACAGGCUCUUUUAGACUCGGCUGCUGAUGCUAACAUACAGAAUGCAAAGGGCAUGACGGCGUUAAUGAGAUCUGUUGCUAUUGGUGAAACCAGUCUAUUUCUUGAGUGCUCCAAGAUUUUGAUAGAAAAGGGCAGUCAACUAAAUCUAAAAGACAACAAUGGAAACACCGCUUUGCAUCAUGCAGCAUUAAACGGAAAUGCUAAAUGUGUAGCUCUUCUCGUUGACAACAAAUCGUUUUUGAAUGAAGUCAACAAGGAAGGCAAGACGUCAUUGCUGCUGGCAACUAUAAGCUUGCAAGAUGAGUGUCUCUCCAUUCUUCUGAAGGCUGGUGCUGACGUUAGCAUUAAAAGCAGCAAUGGGCUCAAUGCACUCAUGUACGCCUGCACAGUUAACUCUAAGGCCUGCCUAAACCUGCUACUACAGCAUACAUUUCCUUUGGAUGAAACUGAUUCAGACGGAAAAACUGCUUUAUACAUGGCCGCUAUAAAGGGAUUCACUAGUUGCGUUGAGGCAUUAGUUUUGGCAGGAGCUUCCGUCAACAUCUCCAAUAAUAUCAAAGUGACACCUCUAAUGAAAUCCGUGGAAGAAGACUGCACACAGUGUGCUAGUUUUUUAAUCAAAUCCGGGGCCAAUGUAAAUGAAGAAGAUAAAGAAGGUAACACAGCACUAAUGUAUUCAGCGAAGACUGGAAACGUUAAUUUAUUGCCAGAACUCAUUACCUCAGGAGCAGACCUUAACAAGGCUAAUGCCAAUGGAGUCACCCCAGUAAUGAGUGGUGUACUAAAUGGUAAAUUAGAUUGGGUUAAAAAGCUUGUUUCGUUAGGAUCUAAUAUAAGUGGUCAAGACAAAUUUGGAGAAACUGCUCUUAUGCACGCUGUUAAAACUUCAUAUCCCGAGAUGUUGGAUUACAUUUUGAUAAAAGAAAAGCACAUAAACGCAUUAAGACAUGAUGGAAAGUCUGCUUUUCACAUUGCUGUCUUAAAGAGGAACAUUACGUUCAUAGAAACACUUAUUAAACACGGAGCAAAUGUCAACGUUGCUGACAAUUCAGGGCGCACCCCAUUGAUUACUGCAUCCAGAUUUGGAAUUGUUGAUUGUGCCAAGACACUCUUAAAAAAUGGUGCAAACAUUAACUGUAGGUGUAUUGAAGGAAAAACCGCCGUCAUAUAUGCAGCGGCAAAUUGCUCAAUGCUUCAAGUUUUAAUCCGAUGGCAUCCAGAAUUAAAUACAGUUGAUAACGAAGGACAUUCAGCAUUGUUUUAUGCCAUUCAGAAAAACGCUCAUAAAUGCAUCCAGCUGCUCAUAGAAUUUGGAUCAGAUGUCAACAAAACUUCAACAGACGGUGAGACGUUUCUCCAGCAGGCCGUGAGGUUCCAAUUGACAGUGUCUGUGAAGACUAUUAUUCAAGCUGGAGCGUUUGUCAAUAAAGCAGACGCAACCGGAUGUACCCCAUUAAUGAUGGCCUGCACCAUUCAAAACACAAACAUAUUAAAUCUUCUCUUAAAGCGUGGUGCGCAAGUAAACGCUUGCAACGCUAAAAAAUUAACGUCUCUAAUGAUUACAGCAGCAUCUGGUGAUCUAUACAAUUUAAAGAUGUUGAUAGAUGUCGGUGCUGACAUAAAUGCAAUGGACGAUAAAGGCUGCACGAGUUUUAUCCACGCUACAAAACAUGGUCAUUUAGCAUGCGUUAAGCAGCUGAUUCUGACAGGAGCUGAUGUCAAUCACCGUACUCUUAAAGGCAAUACAGCUUUAAAGUAUGCGGCGAAAUUCGGACAUCUGGACUGCCUAAAAGUUCUAAUAGACUAUAAGGCUAAUAUUAACUCGGUAGAUAAUGAAGGAGCUACGCCUUUGAUCGCAGCUUUAGCUAGAGAAGAAGACGACUGCGUGCGAUGUCUUGUUGAGUCAGGGGCGGAUAUUAAUUGUACGUCUUCUCCAGUGUCGCCCCUGACGCUUGCGCUGGCCAGCAGAAACGUUGUUGUGCUAAGAAUGUUCACAGAAAAAAGUGUGGAUGUGAAAGAUUAUUGCAUUGACAUGGAGGACUUUUGCUAUCUCAUUGAGCAAAAUGAAAAGAAAAUAUUGCAAUAUUUUGUAUCGCAUUGCGUAAUACCAAAUAUUUACCAAGAGGAAGAUUCGGUCAUUGAAACAGCUUUGAACAGCGAGAACAUUGGAAUAGUCAAAUACUUCCUUAUUAAUAAUAUUGUCACUCAUGAUGAUCUUUUUUACGACCAAAACAUGAUUAUAGAACCUGAGCCAAGUGAUGAAAUGCAAACCUACAAUGGGCCUUUUCCUCUUGUAAAACUUGCUUAUCUUACUAUAUCUUCUAUUAUAGGAUAUGGCCCUGGCAGGACAGACAAAAUCAGUUCACUUCCUAUUCCUGAACAGAUCAAAAACUUGUUUCUUCACAAGGGCUACAUGGCACAAGUUUGCCCCAAACGUUGGAGCUCUAUUCCUAUAUGUUCAGAUAUGUUUGAAUUCGGAUCUAGACCGUUCUCAAACGGGCUGCUUUUUAACUGGCCAGUUGGUUACAGAGUGAAACUGUGCCAGUGUGGUUCUUGUCGAGGUGAAAAACUUCUAGAUUUUGAUGACAACAUACGUACGUAAUGAAUGCCUGAAACGAUUACGGAACCAAUAAGAAUUGUUUCUUUGUUUACUAGAGCUGAAACAACACUUUUAUAUCUGUCAGAUUACGAUGUACUUGGUGGUGUAUCAUUUAUUUGCGAUAACACAUUUUUUUUUUAUUCUUAGUCCCAUAGGAGAUGUUUGCGAUAAACUAAACACUGCCAACUUGCCAAGGACGCUUAAUUGUCACUGUUGCCAAGUAAAACAAACAAGAAUUGAGCUCUAAUGUUAACACUAUCUGAUUGCAUGGCUGUUGAUCUUCAUGGCAAAUCUCAUUUUUACAUCGAGUUACAUGCCUAUUUUUAUUAAAUCAGUUUCAAUUCAUAGAGUGAGAGUUUAUUUCAUUCUUUCAUACUGAGAUUGGUUUGUGUUAAGAACUGAAAUGUAACGAUCCAAAAAUAAUAAUCGCCAUAGUUUAACUCGCAGUCUGGACAUAUCAUCAAAGUGAACUGGAACUAAAUUAAUGAAUCUCCCCUUCUUACGCUAGACUACGUCAUGUUUCUAUAAAUAUCAAGACAAUUUAUACUGUCUAGUUGAUAUGUCUAAAAAGACGCUCUCAAUAUACCUAUUUAAAGCAGUCAUUUCUAUGGUGCAUUCAUAAAUUGCGUUAUAAGGCAAUAUCGUAUGAGUAUCAUUAGUGAAAGCGAGACUAAUUGUGAUAGUAGGUCUCAACACUGACCUGUAUCGUAGUGAGCAGUGGACCUAUAGCUCAUUACCAAGUCUUACAGACCUAUUAAAUUGCAACAAGCUAUUGGCUGAAGCUGCCCACAUGAUGCGACGUUGCAGGUCAGUGUUCCUGCCUACUAUGACGAUUAGUCUAGAUGAAAGACGUCAUGCUAGGGAAAUUUGCCAAAGUAAAAGUCCAAGGCUGGACGAGCAGCCUAUUUAUCUAUUAUCAGCUGAAACAAAACGAUGAUUUAUUUACUUUAUUAAUAAGUUUUUGAUUAUUUUAACAUUGUCAUUUAAUGGAAUAUUAAAGUUUUUGUUGUCAAUACAUGUUCUGUUUUAUCUGAAUUCUGUAAUCUAUGCUUCUGAAAAGUUAAUUUAAAGUUAAACGACAUUUUUAAAUAGUUUUUUAAUAGUCUUACAAAUCUAUGGAUUUUUUGUAUGUGUAUUUGUGUAUUUUUCUGUAAGCUAAGUAUUUCUAACUCUCAAAGUUACAGUGUAUUUUGGUUAUGUCUAAAAAGCUAUCCGGCUAUUAACUCUAGCCCUCCAGUUUGAUUAUGUGGGAAAUUUGUAAAACAGUCAUGUAAGAUAACAUUCGACAAUUGUUUUGGUAUUUUUUAUGAUAUGAUAUUACCAGGGUGUCAGGCCAUUUAGCUGACCUUACUUAACGCCAGGUCGAAAAAAAAAAGAUUUUCACGUUGGCAUGGUCUAAAGGGCGAAAAAAAACAACCACCUCACAGUUUGGGGUUAGGUGACUGAAGCAAGGUUAUCUGUCCGCCUGUUAAAAUAUCCAGUGCUUUAGUAACGGAAAGGAUUUGUAUUUAAUAUUCAUAAUUUUUCUUUAUAAUAACUGUACAAAUAUAUCUAAAUGUAAAAGAAAAAUAUAUUCAAAAGCUUUCAUUUUGCUUUAUAAUUUUAUUUUAUUUAUUGUAAACCUUAAACUUAAUAUAAGCUUUACAUUUUUAAAAAGUAUUUUUUAGUAUUUUAAUAGUUUUUUUUUCUCUAUUAACACUUGCAGAUCAUGCAAACCAUGCUUCAGUUUAUAAUAAGACACAAUGUUUAAUUAUUUAGUGGAAUCAAGUUGUAAUUUUACAAUUACAAAAAUGCACUCACAUCCCCCGUUAUUUCAUUUCUAUUAUUCUUUUUUAGCGGCCCCCGAAAGGGAAAAAGACGAUAUUAGUUUUGUGUGGCCUGUCUGUCCAUCCGUCCGUACGUCCCGUUUAGAUCUCGUAACCUAGAAAAGAUAAUGAAAAUCCAACAUCACAAUAUUUUAGAUCAUUCAAAGUUCUGAUGCAAUGGCUACUUUUUUCUUUUCUGAAAGCGGAAAAUCUAAUUUUUUAAAGCACUUAUGCAAGCAGUUUUUUCAUAAAUACAUCACUUUUACAACUAUUCACUAUUAAUAGUAAGAAACACUUGAGGCUCGUUAUUAGGGUUAAUAGUAAUACACUAUAUUUCUAACACAUUUAUGCAAACGGUUGUAGAUCUGUGGUCAAAAAAUUUAUUUUUUUUAUUUUGAUUGUUAAGUUAUACAAGUUUUGUUAUACUAAAUGUUUAUUAUUUUUUUAAGAGAAAAAAUCUAUUUAGUAUACAUAUAAGUCAAUCAUAAAUUAAAACAACUAUUAAUAAGUAGUUUUUCAUAUUAUCGCGUGAACUGCAGUGUUGAAUCCCUCAAUAUAGAACACCUAAACAAAGAAUUUUUUUUUUUUUAUACGGAAAUGUUUUAUUCUUGAGGAACUAGAGAUUGGCCCUUUACAAAACAAUUAGAUCAAUUAGAUAUUCAUUAUAAAACAUCAGUUAGGCCAGGCUGACAUCUAACUUCACAUUCACUUUCACCUAUCCUUUGAUCUGCUGGACCGCUGGGGCACCACACAAGAUCUGUUAACCAUUUUUCUCCAUUAUUUUCUGUCUUUUGUAGAAUUUCAUUCUGAUAAUAUUGAAACCUGCCUUUUUACCUGCCUGGGUGGACCACUUAGGGGGCCGAUUUUCAGUUAAUGUUUCCACACUAACUGUCUUUGUAAGCUUGUUUAUACUGUUUGCGACAGUGUUAUGAAUGCUCCUUUACAACUUUAUACAAUUGGACACCUUUUCGAAUGUGGGGAAAAAUUAUUACUUUUCUUGUAUUUUAACUUAUAUUAUUAAUUUAUUAGUAGUUAAAGUUAGGCAAUCAAUCACUGAUUACCGGCACCUAUUUAAAAAAAACAACAACAAACAAACACUGUAUAUGUGUAUAUAUAUAUAUGGUUACUGAAGUUUAAACUCUCAUAUACUAAACUAUUGCCUCGUACACUACAGACAUUUGUUGAAGGAAGUACAACUAAAAUUCACAACAUUCUUUAUUGUUCAUGUGACAUUUUAUAAUAAGUGUACAAUUUAAGUCGUAAACGUCUUCUUAUGCCCAAAGUAAAAACUUGAUUACAAUAUAUAUGACCUGAAAGCAUCAAUAGGGUUGUAAAGUUUUGUUCUUGUAUUGAGGCUAAUGUCUAGAUAUAAGCCUGUUCCAAUAUUACUGGGUUACUAGUUUCAGGAAAUGCACACAAUUCAAACAUGCACUAGGAUGACUGUUGUAUAUUUUGUUUGUUUUAUAAGAUAAUCUGUGAUAAUUUUGUUAUAGCAAUUACAAAUAUUUUUACCAAUUGUUUUGUUUUUGUUUUGCGCAAUUUGGUGCUUGUAGCUUUCUUUAUAGGCCAUGAUCCUAUCGCUUGUAUGGACCAGGUGGAAAGGGGUGGGGAAAAGAAAAAAGGGUAUGUGGGGGUAUGUGGGGGUAUGUGGGGGAUCGCUUGUUAAAUACAUUUAUUAAAAAUGUGAACAACUCGAAUUCGAACUCAAGAGCUAAUGCAUCCCCAGCCUCCUCAAGCCAAUAUACGAACAAUGUAUAAAGGCGACUAAUUCAACUCGUACCCCCUUAUCAGUCAAGUAAAAUUUCUUUCCCUUGUUUGAGAUACCAAACAAAAAAUUAAUUAUUAAUAAUUAACUAAUUGGAUAUUUUUUAUUAUUGAUUCUUGUGUUGUCAGGUACAAGAAAAAAAACAAUGGAAAAAUUCAGCUUGAUCCGAGCUUAGGUGUGGGAGAAAUGACGUAUAUAAAUCUUUCUAAAAAACGUAUGACCCAACAACUGUUCUUUAGGGAUUCUAAAUUUUCUAAAACAAAGUCUUUAUUUAAAGUUAUGAAGUGAAUAUGUGUUUCCAAGGUAACGACGUGGAAAGGGCACAUUUGUUUUUGGCUGGCUGGUUUAUGAUGAAACCACGACAUGGUCUGCCAUCAUUCAUUUUAAUAAAAGUCACGUGUGUAAAAGUUUAACAGGAGAAAAAGCUAGAGACAGUCGGAAAACCCUAAUAUAUAGGUAUUGAAUAUAAAUGCAUGCUCCAUACAAUAUAUAGGUAUUGAAUAUAAAUGCAUAAUCCAUACAAUAUAUAGGUAUUGAAUAUAAAUGCAUGCUCCAUACAAUAUAUAGGUAUUGAAUAUAAAUGCGUGCUCCAUACAAUAUAUAGGUAUUGAAUAUAAAUGCAUAAUCCAUACAAUAUAUAGGUAUUGAAUAUAAAUGCAUGCUCCAUACAAUAUAUAGGUAUUGAAUAUAAAUGCAUGCUCCAUACAAUAUAUAGGUAUUGAAUAUAAAUGCAUGCUCCAUACAUUAUAUAGGUAUUGAAUAUAAAUGCGUGCUCCAUACAAUAUAUAGGUAUUGAAUAUAAAUGCAUAAUCCAUACAUUAUAUAGGUAUUGAAUAUAAAUGCAUGCUCCAUACAAUAUAUAGGUAUUGAAUAUAAAUGCAUAAUCCAUACAAUAUAUAGGUAUUGAAUAUAAAUGCAUGCUCCAUACAUUUUUAGUUACUUUUUUUUUUACUAUUUUUGUGAUUCUGUACAAAAAUAUAGUUCUACGUUCUACAAAGGGCUAAAAUAGUGGUUCCCCAAUGGAUCCACUAGAAAUUUUCUAUAAGUAUUAUUUUGAUAUCAUUGAUUUGUUUAUUGAAAUUAACAGAUUAACAUGGUUAGAUAUUUUUACACUUAUGAUAUGAGAAGGUAGAAUGUCAAGUGCAGGGGGUGUACGAUGUGAGGUUGUGGGUGUGUUUAUUUAUUUUAUUAGUUUUGAAUGUUGAACUGUUUUAGCAUGGGGUUUUCAAGGGGGGACAAUAAGGUUUCCUGUGGUCAGUCUAGCAGUUGGAGAGCUGACCAGGUCUGAGUAGGGUGUUUGUAAUUGAUUUUCGGUUAUUAUGCCAACAGUAAGGAGAUGUUAUAUAAUUAUUCUUGCUAUGCGUGCGUGCUGAAUAUUCGGGGUAAUGCUAUGUUGUGUCAUGAUACCCUUAUGUAAUCCAUUAUUGAAUCUAAUCUAGGCGCCCUGGAGUAUUUAAUUUGUGCAUACAAAGUACAUUUAGUAUUGAUGAUUAUGUAUUCCAUAGUAUAUGUGUAACCCAUUGUUUGCUGUAAAUAAAUACAAAUUGUCUACUCCUUUGUUGAGUGUACUGUAUAAUACUUGUACGCUUGUAAGGGUCUACAGUUGGGCCAUUCAAUUACGCCCGUCAAAGAACUACCAUAAGUUCUUUACAUCUGGUGUCUCGUGGUGAAAAAAGCCUGGACCUCUGGCCGCAGAAAGUGUAUCAGUACAUGAGAGUAGUUAUAUGAGUUAUAUGGGUUAUAUUAGUUCUAUGAGUAUAUAUCAUAUGUUAAUUUUUAUGCAAAUUUUCUAACGUCUUUCAGAUUGUUCUGUGUAGACGUGAUAAAAAAGUCAAAUUAAUAAACAAGGUAUCUCCCA